AAUACUUCAAAUCAACUUGGAUCAACUGUAACUAAUGUGAACAUCAACAAUCUGGACUCAACACUAUGGACAUUUCGUUAGCUCGUAUCGAUUAUGCACCAUAUGAUCUCAACCCACCUCAUAUACACCCCCGAGGAACUAAGCUUAUUACUUGUCUUAAGGGCAAACUCUACGUUGGUUUUGUCCUUUCAAACCCUGGUCCAAAUAUGAAGAACAAGUUGUUAACCAAGAUUCUAAAACCUGGAGAUGUGUUUGUUUUCCCAAUAGGUAUGAUUCAUUUUCAGUUGAAUGUGGGAAAGACUAAAGCUGUUGCAAUGUCUGGACUCAGUAGUCAAGAUGCAGGAGUCAUCACUAUAGCAAAUGCAGUUUUUGGCUCAGAUCCACCAAUCAAUCCUUAUGUUCUCACAAAAGCAUUCCAAGUUGAAAAGAAAGUCGUGGAUUAUCUUCAAUCACAAUUCUGGUGGGAUAACAACUAAAACAACAACAACAACAACCCAGUAUAAUUCCACU